UUCACUUCAUCUGGGUUUCUUGUCCAAGGAUAAGACUCAGACAGAAUCAGAGCUUCAAAGUUUUUGGAACAAAAAGCCUCUCUUUUCAAUUUCAACCUCUCUCAUUCUCACCCAAGCCCUCAACUCAGACCUCCAAUGUCGAAAGUGUUUCGGCAAAACUAGAGCUUUUCGUUUAAGUCUAACCGGCAAAAUGAACUGUCCGGCAACUUUUCCUGGGAAUUACUCACCCUUUUCUCCGCGCAGCAGCUCUAGCUGUGAUCUUCGUUUACAGCCUUGUUUGGCUCCCUGCAUAUUAGUUUUCAACCAAAACGGUGUGUUUGGAGCGGAUUGAAAUUCCACCAGGUUUCAAGGUGAUCUUUUUCGAUGAUUAGUUUGCAAAGCAAUCAAAUUUGGUUAUUUUCUUCUUUACUUCCAUUUUCACGCCCCCACCGCCCUUCUUCUGUUAGUCAUGGAACCAAACAUUCCUUUCACUCAGUCUUUUCCCCAAAAGCUUCUCUUUCUUUCUCUACCACCCAAAACCCCCACCAAAGAGACUCUCUCACUCUACCCAACGAUGCUAUUCGCGUACCCUCUUUGCUUGAAGAGAUCAACAAGCUGUGCGAAUCAGGAAAUCUAAUCGAAGCUCUGAACUCUGUGCAAGAAGAUUCUCAUAAUGCUGCUUCCAGUUCAGAAGGCAGAGCAGAGGCCAUGGGUGUCUUAUUACAGGCCUGUGGACGCCACAAAGAUAUCGAUACCGGCCGCAAAGUCCACGAGAUUGUUUCGUCGUCGACCCAGUUCAGCAAUCACUUCGUUCUCAACACCCGUCUUAUUACCAUGUACUCCAUGUGUGGUUCUCCCUCGGAUUCUCGUUCUGUUUUCAAUGGGUUACAGAGGAAGAACUUGUUUUUGUGGAAUGCACUCGUUAGUGGGUAUGCAAGAAAUGAGCUUUAUGAUGAAGCAAUUGAUAUAUUUAUCGAGUUGAUCUCGUCCACGGAGUUUAAACCCGAUAAUUUUACUUUGCCAUGUGUAAUUAAGGCCUGUGCCGGAGUUUUGGAUGUGGGUUUAGGGCAGGUGGUCCAUGGGAUGGCAAUGAAGACGGAACUGAUUAAGGAUGUCUUCGUAGGUAACGCAUUGAUUGCUAUGUAUGGGAAAUGUGGGCAUGUGGAUACGGCAGUCCAAAUGUUUGAUUCUAUGCCGGAAAGGAACUUGGUUUCUUGGAAUUCAAUGAUACGUGGAUUUUCUGAGAAUGGUCUUUCUCAAGAGAGUUACAAUUUGUUAAGGGGGAUUUUGGAGGGUGAGGAAGGUUUCAUACCAGAUGUUGCUACAAUUGUGACUUUGUUACCAGUUACUACUGGGGAAGGAGAUGUAGCCAUGGGUAUGGUAAUUCAUGGUUUGGCGGUGAAAUUGGGGCUGAGCGAGGAACUGAUGGUGAACAAUGCCUUGAUGGACAUGUAUUCAAAAUGUGGAUACUUAUCUGAUGCCCGAAUUUUAUUUAGUAAGAAUGAUAAGAAAAAUGUGGUCUCAUGGAAUUCCAUGAUUGGAGGUUUCUCAAGGGAAGGCGAUGUCUUUGGAACAUUUGAUCUUCUCCGAAGGAUGCAGAUGGAAGAGGAGAAUGUGAAGGUGAAUGAAGUCACUCUCUUGAAUGUGUUACCAGCUUGUUCAGAGGAAGUGGAACUGGAGAGCUUGAAGGAACUUCAUGGUUAUUCCAUGAGACAUGGGUUUCAUUAUGAUGAAUUAGUAGCCAAUGCUUUUAUUGCAGCCUAUGCCAAGUGUGGAUCAUUGAGUUAUGCUGAGAAUGUGUUUUAUGGUAUAGAUAUCAAGACAGUAAGCACUUGGAAUGCACUUAUUGGAGGCUUUGCUCAAAAUGGUGAUCCAAGGAAAGCAUUAGAUUUUUACUUUAAAAUGAAAUAUGCUGGCCUGGAUUCUGACUCGUUUAGCAUCGGUAGUCUCCUUUUAGCUUGUUCCUAUCUUAAAGUUCUCAAGUAUGGCAAAGAGAUUCAUGGAUUUGUGGUACGUAAUGGGUUAGAUUUGGAUAUGUUUAUUGGUAUCUCACUAAUGGCCCUUUACAUUACUUGCAGUAAAGUAUUAUCUGCUCGUCUGUUAUUUGAUAGAAUGGAAGACAGGAGUUUAGUGUGUUGGAAUACAAUAAUUUCUGGUUAUGCACAGAUAGGACUUCCUGAUGAAGCUAUCAAUCUUUUUCGCAAAAUGUUUUCUGAUGGGGUCCAACCAUCUGAGAUUGCCAUAAUGAGUGUGCUUGGGGCUUGUUCACAACUAUCAGCAUUGCGUUUGGGAAAAGAAUUACAUUGCUUUGCUUUAAAAGCUUAUCAAAUGGAAGACAUGUUUCUUGCUUGUUCUGUCAUAGAUAUGUAUGCAAAAAGUGGUUGCAUAGAACAAUCUCGGAGAGUUUUUGACAGGUUAACGGAGAAAGAUGUGGCAUCAUGGAAUGCUGCAAUUGGAGGAUAUGGAAUUAAUGGACGUGCAAAUGAGGCCUUGGAGCUUUUUGAAAACAUGCAAAGAAUGGGGCUGAAGCCAGAUGACUUUACAUUUAUCGGACUUCUAAUGGCAUGUAGUCAUGCUGGAUUAGUUACAGAGGGACUAAAAUAUCUCACCGAAAUGCAAAUUUUAUACGGAACAGAACCAAAAUUAGAGCAUUAUGCUUGUGUAGUGGACAUGUUAGGUCGGGCUGGUAGAUUGGAAGAAGCUUUGAAGCUGAUAAAUGAGAUGUCUCAGAAACCAGAUGCUAGAAUGUGGAGCUCACUGCUUAGUUCUUGUAGGAGUUAUGGUGAUUUGGCUAUAGGGGAAAGCAUUGUAAGCAAGUUGAUAGAAUUGGAGCCUGAUAAGGCAGAGAAUUAUGUAUUAGCAUCAAAUUUAUAUGCUGGAUCAGGGAAAUGGAAUGAUGUGAGGAAAAUACGGCAAAGGAUGAAGGAGAUUGGCCUUCAAAAAGAGGCUGGACGCAGUUGGAUUGAACUUAAGGGGAAAGUUUAUAGCUUUGUUGUUGGAGAUAAUUCAUUUCCGGAGGCUGGGGAGAUUAGAGAGAUGUGGAGAAGAUUAGAAGAAAAGAUAAGCAAUUUAGGAUACAAACCCAACACAAGCUGUGUACUCCAUCAAUUGAAAGAAGAAGAGAAGAUUGAGAUAUUGAGAGGCCACAGUGAGAAGCUUGCAAUUUCUUUUGGAUUGUUAAAGACGAGUAAAGGAUCUACUCUGAGAAUCUGCAAGAAUCUUCGAAUUUGUGCAGAUUGCCAUACUGCGGCCAAGUUGAUAUCUAAAGUUGUUGAUAGAGAGAUUAUUCUGAGAGACAACAAGCGGUUCCAUCAGUUUAAAGAUGGCUUUUGUUCUUGCGGAGAUUAUUGGUAGAUAUUUGAUUAUGGGGAAUGCAGGAGCUCUCAUAAAUCCCCAUAUAUAUAUAUAUAUAUGUGUGUGUGUGUGUGUGUGUAAAUAUAUAUUUUAAAAACUCAGAGUCCGCUCGUUAGAAUCCAUUGUACGAACAUUUCAUUACGAACUACCUGUAAUUCUCAAUUUGGACGUC